AUGUACAACACUCAUCGCGGGAUGGUGCCCGCCCCCAACUCCCGCCUGACGGAGUUGCUGGACCAACUGCGCCAGGAGUUCGAGAGCCAGUCUCGAAGCACUGGUGAAUAUGAGCAUCAGUUAACCGGACAGCUCCAGGAGAUGGAGAUGAUCCGUCAGAAGGUGUAUCAGCUGGAGCAGACCCAGAUCAAGAUGAAGGCAGACUACGAAGCGGAGAUCCGAAUGUUGAGACACGAGCUCGAGUCGCGCGGCGUGCAACCCGUCGCCUCUCACAUCGCGCCCGCACAGCACACCGUGGUCCCGGUCUUGCCCCUCCCCCCCUCCCAGGAUCAGCAGCCUUCCCAGCAUAGCCUUCAACAGCCUGCCUCGGCCGCCCAGCCUGGUGCGCCGCAGCCCCCGCAGAGCUUCCCUGGAGGAUAUCAGCCUGGUGCUGCUGUGAACGGCUACGGACCUCCUCCUCCCCCGACCGCAUCUCCUGGCCCCGGUAAGGGUCGUCGCACCGCCCCGGGCCCGGCCACCCCCCAGCAAACGCAGAUUGCCUACCCGGAUCCUCGCGCGUCGCCUCAGAUCCCUCGCCCCACGCCCCCAAACCAGUCUCUCGUGCGUGCCGACCGCCCGGGCAACAUGCUCGCUAACUGGGACCCGGCCGACCUUCCCGCGUCGCAAAAGCGCGAGGGCACCGAUUGGUAUGCCGUGUUCAACCCGGAGGUACAGCGCGUGCUGGACGUGGAGCUGGUGCACCAUCUCAACCAUGACAGCGUGGUUUGUUGUGUCCGUUUCAGCCGUGAUGGCAAGUACCUGGCGACGGGCUGCAACCGUUCGGCGCAGAUCUUCGAUGUGACCACUGGUCAGAACGUGGCGACCCUGCAGGAUGAGAAUGUCGACAAGGAUGGCGACCUGUACAUCCGCAGUGUUUGCUUCAGCCCGGAUGGAAAGUACCUGGCGACCGGCGCGGAGGACAAGCAGAUUCGGGUCUGGGAUAUUGCUGCGCGCACUAUCAAGCACAUCUUCAGCGGCCACGAGCAGGAUAUCUACUCAUUGGACUUUGCCGGCAACGGCCGGUACAUUGCGUCGGGAAGUGGUGACAAGACCGUCCGUCUGUGGGAUAUCCUGGACGGCAAGCUCGUCUACACCCUGAGCAUUGAGGACGGCGUCACCACGGUGGCCAUGUCCCCCGAUGGCCACUACGUGGCGGCCGGUUCGCUGGACAAGAGCGUGCGGGUGUGGGACACCACCACCGGCUACCUCGUGGAACGUCUGGAAAACCCUGACGGGCACAAGGACAGCGUGUACUCGGUUGCCUUUGCGCCCAACGGCCGCGACCUGGUCAGUGGUAGUCUGGAUAAGACUAUCAAGCUGUGGGAGCUCACCGUCCCGCGGGGCAUGCACCCUCAUAGCGGCGUCAAGGGCGGCAAGUGUGUUCGCACCUUCGAGGGCCACAAGGACUUCGUGCUUAGCGUCUGCCUGACGCCCGAUGGCCAGUGGGUCAUGAGUGGCUCGAAGGACCGUGGGGUCCAAUUCUGGGAUCCAAUUACUGGUAACGCGCAGAUGAUGCUGCAGGGGCACAAGAACUCCGUGAUCUCGGUGGCCCCUGCCCCGACUGGCAACCUCUUCGCCACUGGCAGUGGAGACAUGCGUGCACGGAUCUGGAGGUAA